AGUGGAAGGCAGAGGUGGUGCUGAGGCAGGAGAGCCCCGUGCUGGGGAAGAGGCUGAGCUGGGAGUGCCCAGCAGCGAGAAGGUGCUCUGUGCAUGCCCUGUGUGCCAGCAGGAUUUGUCCUUCCCAAAGCUUGGGUGGAUGGAGGAGGAGGCUGCAAGGAAGAGGAGAAACCCACGGGCCCCCCAGGCAGGCCCCGAGCUGAGGACGGAGAGCACGGAGGACAAAUCCCCCUGGCAGAUCCUGGUGGGAGAGGCUGUUUUGAAGGGCUCCCCGGCGCAGGAAGGCAGCCGGGAGGAAAAGACCCAGAGAUGCCCCCGGAGGAGGGGCUGCAAAGCCAGCCCAGGGAGCUCUGAGGAGGAAAGACCCGGCCUGUACCGGGAAGGCGGCCGGAGAUUGAGCCAGAGCUCUGAGCUGGUGGUCCCUGAGCAGCCUCCCUGCAGGGAGAAGCCCUUCAGGUGCUUGGAAUGUGGGAAGAGCUUCAGGCAGAGCUUUAAUCUCCUCAGGCACCAACACAUUCACACUGGGGAACGGCCCUACAUGUGUAGGGAAUGUGGGAAGAGCUUCAGGCAGAUCUCCCACCUCGUCAGGCACCAGCUCAUCCACACUGGAGAACAGCCCUACACGUGUGGGGAAUGUGGGAAGAGCUUCAGGGAGAGCUCUGAACUCCUCAGGCACCAGCAGAUCCACAUUAAGGAACGGCCUUACGUGUGUAUGGAAUGUGGGAAGAGCUUCAGUGUCAGCUCUAUCCUGAUCCAACACCAGCACAUCCACACUGGGAAAAAACCCUACACAUGUGGGGAAUGUGGGAUGAGCUGCAGGAUCAGCUCCAGCCUCCGCAUCCACCAGCGCAUCCACACUGGGGAACGACCCUACAAGUGCUUGCAAUGUGGGAAGAGGUUUCAGAGCAGCUCCAAUCUCCUCAGGCAUGAACGGACACACACAGGGAAGAGGCCCUUCCGCUGCACCGACUGCGGGAAGGGCUUCACCCGGAACUCCACCCUCGUCACCCACCAGCGCCUCCACAUUGGGGAGAGGCCCUACAAGUGUGGGGAGUGUGGGAAGAGCUACACCCACAGCUCUGCCUUGACCAGACACCAACGGACCCACCAGUAAGAGAAGCCCCACGAGUGCCCCAACUGCGGGAAGAGCUUUGGCCGCUGCUCCCACCCCGAAUGCCCCCCCUGAUGGUGAGGCAACCCCUGGAGUCCAGUGACUGUCAGUCCAUCCCUUUCUACCAGAAAGGGCCAGUCCCCUUUGCAGGGGCAGGUUGUGCCAACAGAACCCUUCUUGGGGGUGUGUGGAGAUUCCUGCCUUGGCUGGGGACCUCCCAAGGUCACUGCUGGAGGUUGAGAGCAGAGAUCUCCCCACGAGUAUUGGUCUCAGGGAGUUCCAUCCAUCUUUAAUUCAUAAUUCUUGCUUUGGUGCCAACUUGAGUAGAAUUGAUCUAAGAAUUGCUUUAGUGUAGAGCACUGUCCUAUCUUAUGCAGUACUACUGACAGUUUUAGUGUUUCUAUUGUGCAGUAAAUAAUUGUGAUAAAGAGAUUUUGUCUGAUCAUUUGUAGCCCUAAAUGAUUCAUUUCUAUCAGUAGAUCUGAUUUGCCAUUCUUAAAACCUGAGGGACAAAAGUGAUUCAGUCCCACCUCUGUAAUUCCUCUAAACUGAACCUGUUGGCAUAACCCAAGGCUGAGAUUUGAUCCAGCAGCCCCAGAACCUCACAGUAAGUUGAGAACCCAGGGGGGCCACCCCCCUUUUGUAAACUACCCUGUGCCCAAAAACCCCCAUGGGACCAUCAGACCUGCCAGACUACCCCCUCUUUUCCACUCUUCUCCCUGUUCCUCCCACUUUGCCAUGGUCCCCUCUACAAUCUGCUUAAAUAUUGCAAAAAAACCUUCAGAUUCGAAUAUUCCCUUGAGGAAAAUUAAAACUCACACGUUAUCUGUUGAUACCAAAAACUGAUUUUAUUAUGUGCUAAGAAUUGCAAAGAGAAAGGAAAAAGUAAGAAAAGGUUGGAAACUGCUAAGAUUAUUUCUAGAAGCAGAGAAAAGAUACCACUGAAAACUACCUUUUCCCACUGAGCUGGUCUGUGUGGGGGGGAAAAGAGCAGUUACUACCUUUUAUUUUCUCUGUCUCUGCAGCUUUUGGAUGUUAUCUCUGUAGCUGCAGGCGGUCUGACAGCUUUAGUUCUCUGCAAUGCACCAUGUGUGGUUUCACCGCUCAUGCCCCUGUCCCAGGCCGUGCAGGGUCUCAACUCAGCCGAAGCUUUGGACCCUCAGAAAUAUGGUCAGGGUAGAAGGAUAAGGUAGAACUCCCACAUGUGGCACGGUGGUCUCAGCUCUCUCCAGGCUGGCACAGUUCCAGUCUCCGGUGGCAGGCAGGCAGCACACGGUGGCGGAGAAAAGGUGAGGGGAGGUGGGCAGAGAUUCUCGGCUACAGUCACCAGCUCUCUCUCCCUUUCCUCUCCCUGAUUUUCCAAAAUUUGCCCUCAACUUUUAUAGUGUUCAAAGGAGAUUGUACGUGGUUUCUUGGCACAUAGCCAGUUCAGAUGUUGGUGGAGAUACGGUAACCAUAAACAAUGGCAGGAUGUUUUGGCAGGAAAAGUACUGUAGGAAGUGCUGGUGGGAACUUCUGACAGAGAGCUGACAAUGUUAGAUAGGAAGUUUUUGAUAGGCAGAAACAAUUUUUGGCAUUUCUAUAUUAUCUCUGUGUUACAGAUGGUUGCCAUGGUAAGCGACAUAACAGGGAAUGCAUAAUGGUUACCAUGGUAACAGAUCCUACUGAUGGGAAUGUAUGAUGAUUGCCAUGAUAACUGUCCAUAACAAAUGGAAUGCAUAAUGCUUGCCAUGUAACUGACUGUAGCAAUGGGAUAGUAUGAUGGUUGCCAUGGUAAGCAACAUAUCAAUAAGAGUGCAUAAUGGUUACCUUAUUAACCGACUCUAGCAAUGUAAAUGCACAAUGGUUGCUAUGGUAACCCACAUAUCAAUGAGAAUGCCCAAUGGUUGCCAUGGUAAGUUAGGUCACAAGGAGAAUGCAUGAUGGUUUCCAUGGAAACCGAGUCACAACCAAAAUGAAUAAUGGUUACCAUGGUAACGGAUGUGACAAUGCGAAUGCAUAAUGGUUGCCAUGGUAACCAAAGUCACAACCAGAAUGCACAAUGGUUGCCAUGGUAAGUGAGGUCACAAGGAGAAUGCAUUAUGGUUUCCAUGGUAACUGAGGUCACAAUGAGAAUGCACAAUGGUUGCCAUGGUAACCACUUUAAACAAUGAUAAUGCAUAAUGAUUGCCAUGAUGUAAGGGGGGUACUUUUGAUUCAGAUGAUCAAUGGAGCACAGAGGGGUGAGAAAGUGAUUAUAUUUGCAUGUGAAACCAACCAGAAUAUUGUACAAUGUAACUUUAUUGCACAAGUUCACUGUAAGGCCCAUUGUGCCUUUAGCAAAGUUAACUGAAUGUCCCCCAUUAUCAGAGCUGAGUUUCUCCUUGGCUUGGCUCCACUCUGCGAGAGAGAUACAAAUCCCCUUGAAACACAAUGGUACAGGUCGUCCAUAGGGCUGAGGAAGGUGAUGGAGAGGAAGAUGAUGUGGGCAGGGGUUGUUGGCCCCUUGCCCUACAGUGGGGCAUGCCCAGACUGUUGCCAUGAGGUGACAAACGGGCGCUGUUUGGCUGCCACUCAAGCACCACCUUCUGCUGCGUCCUGGCCCUACGUAGUGUAAUGUAGAGCUGAUGGAAUGGGGUGUCAGCACUGCUGGGUGGAGCGAUGCUCAUCCUUCCAUCCACACUGUGCUGCUCCGCGGGGACACCCGCCAAGCACGGGCAUCGACCAGCCCUGCAGAGCCUGGUAGGCCUGGCCUGUCUGUGCAGGUGAGCACAGUUUAUUGAUAGGAAGCAACCAAGAAAGCAAACAUUUUAUCUCCCUUUUUAAAUCCCUUUGUUUCCCUUUUUACUAGCUAAUGCUGUAAUAGAGGCUGUUUGUAGUAUUGUAUGAAUGCCAGCGAUAAAGUAGUGGUUUUGUCUUCUUUUUCAGCUUUUGAUUCUCUUUGCUAGUAGUUUUUUUACUCUUGCUGCACUGAAAGAUUUUUUGUAGUGUUUGAAUGACUGUUGUACUUGGCUUUGUUCCGGGCUUAGAUUCAAACAAACUAAUACAGAAGGGAUUGGGAAGAGGUUUCAGAGGGUCCUGGGUGGGCUGAAGGAGACCAGGAUGGGGUUUGUGAGGUCGUGGGUGGUCUCUGGGAGGUUUUGGGGGGUCCUGACCCCCCCCGACUCCUCCCAGAGAUGCCACAGGACACCGUCCACAGCAAGAUCCUGGUGGG